GGCAGAGAAAGAAAACAUUAAAACAGCCGCAACUGCACCAACAAGAGAAGCAGUAUAGGUGAAAGAUCGUCGAUCGAAAGUUGGCAAUAUUUUCCCGUCAAAUUUGUACCGUUUAUCAGUAGUACACCGUUAUCAGUGUUCGCUUCCGAAUGAUAUUGUGGGCGUAAUUUUUGUCUAUCAUUGUUCGUAAUGCGCUACUAAAUUUCUGUUGUGAAAAUAGUGAUCGUAUUUUUGUUAUCUUGUCGCAAUAGUUGUGUUUAUUUUUAGUCAAGUGUUUGUGGGUAGCUUCCUUGAUAAAGAAAUGGUAGAAUAUCAGUGCUGAUUCACUAAAAGACGAGCAUAUAGUUUUAUUGGAUUGCACAAGUUUGUAACAGCUUUGAUUCAGAACGUGAAGUGAUCGCUUUGAUUUGAAACGCGAGGAAGAAAGAGAAAAGCGAAUAACAAAAUCCAAAGCAGUUCAAGUUUCUAGAAAUGGCCGAUGAUUAUUAUUUGCAUAACAACAUAUCAAAUAGUGACGACUCGGAAUCGGAGCUCAAUUUGAGCACACCGGAGUUAAAAGGAUAUCUGAGCAAAUGGACUAAUUACAUUCACGGAUGGCAGCCACGAUUCAUUGUCCUAAAGGAUGGCACUCUUUCCUAUUAUAAAAGUGAACAGGACAGCGAUUUUGGAUGCCGUGGAGCGAUUAGUCUACAGAAAGCUACAAUUAAGUCUCACGAGUUCGAUGAGUGCCGAUUCGAUGUGUCAAUCGGGCAGAAUGUAUGGUAUCUGCGGGCGGAGACACCGGAGGACAAACGAAACUGGAUCGAAGUGCUCCAGUCAUACAAAACGGACUAUCCCGAAACAAUCAGUCUACGUCGGCAUGGAAGCGCCAUCUCCUUGCAAUCCAACACCUUGUCAACUGCCAGUGGAAACAGCUUGAAGCGUGUCAGCUGGGGACUGCGCGAGAAAAUGCAUGAAAUCGAGACAUAUCGAGAUAUUCUAUUCAGACAGGUUGACACUCUACAACGCUACUUCGAUGCGCUUCAGUUAAAAAAUGAGAACAAUGACCCAUUUGAGUUGGGCGAUGGUUUGCGGCCAAUUGAUUUCAAGGGAGAAGCAAUAACAUUCCGUGAAACCACUGCCGGUGUUAUCACUACGCUGCAGCUUUGUUUGGAUAUUAUCAAGCAAAAGGAAGAUAGUUUUAAGAAGAAACUCGAAAAAGAAAUCGAUAGGCGCAAGAAGGCUGAAGAACUAUACAGGCAGUGUAAGGAGGAAUCAGCGAAAAAUCGAAAUUCUUCCAUUCCUGGUCCUGAUUUGGAGGAAGGGCCCCACUCCACGAUACCGGAGGAUGAAUUCUUUGAUGCGGUCGAGACAGGACUGGAUAAGAUAGAGGAAGAUCGACAAUUACGCGUGAGACUUAAAUUCCAGUCGCAACAGUCACAAAUCAGCACGACCAGUUCUGUUUUUAGCGUCACUCAUGAGACUGACGAUGAUAAACAGCAAUCGGAGGACUUUGGCACUGGUGCCCAGGCACGCAGUCACAAGCUAUGGCCGGAAAUAGACAAAAUCUGCACGGAACAGUUGUAUCAAGCUCGUCAGGGAGUCGGUGAUGGGGGCAACGGGUGGCAGCUGUUUGCCGACGAGGGUGAAAUGAAAAUGUACCGAAGGGAAGAGGAAGUCGAUGGAAUGGUAAUCGAUCCGUUGAAAUCCUGUCACGUUGUGCAAGGUGUGACGGCGCGUGAAAUGUGUCAUUACUUUUUCGAUCCUGCCUACCGAAAUGACUGGGAAACGACGCUGGAAGAUGUGCAGAUAGUGGAUAAUGUCGCACCCGACACGAUGGUCUUCCUGCAAACGUACAAGCGCAUUUGGCCCGCUAGUCAACGUGAUGCUCUGUUUUGGUCGCACAUGCGGAAGAUCACUGACAAUGCCGAUGUGGGAGCGCACGACACGUGGGUUGUGUGCAAUCACUCCAAUCAGAACGAAGAGUAUCCGCCUGCCAAUCAAGGAAAAUGCGUUCGCAUCUAUCUAACGGUGAUAUUAGUGUGUCAAACAUAUCUACCCCCUGGAAAGGAUAGUAAAACCGCCACCCGCGAUGAUCUGACGUGCAGGAUAACAUAUUGCUCCACUGUGAAUCCUGGCGGCUGGGCCCCAGCAACAGUGCUUCGUGCUAUCUACAAAAAAGAGUAUCCAAAGUUCCUUAAACGCUUCACAGGAUAUGUGGUUGAUCAGCGUAAAUCUAAGCCUAUUAUGUACUAGUUUUCGAGAGCGAACGAGUGCGCGUGUGACUGUGAAUUUUUGUUUAAUUCUAAAUGUGUUAAACUUGGAAAGAUCUUUAACAGAAUAACACAAGAACCAACCGACUAGAUUUUAAUUUUGUUAAAAUUUAGAAUAAGCUUUAUUAAGUGGUGAUAUUUUGUCACCCCAUAACCGUAUUUGGCAUCUUACAGGUGAGGUAGGAUUUAUGCUUGUAGAUUAAAAUCCUCAUUACCGUUGAGAGCAACGGCUGUGAUGUCAGAUGUGGAACAAUUGUUAGCACCUUUUCUGUUAGGCCGAAAAUACAUCAUCCAAUAAAAUAUAUUCUUUUG